ACGCUGAUAAACUGGGUGGAUUGCAAGCAAUCAAACAAUCUUGCAUUCUUGGACAUUCGGAUUCUGCAGUAUUUCGUCCAUCUGGACGAUGCUGUUCGUUUUUUUAGGAAGGUGGUAGACACGCACGCGCAGGUAUGCCUAUCCCAGGAGCCAACCGCUCCAUUCGCCUGGGCUCGGAUGCGGCCAUGGGCACACAUAUUCCUCUGAGGCGGCUGGCCAUCGAGAAUCGCCAGAACGUAGCCCGACUGAUCAAGUACACCAAGCUUGGCAACCAGGAGCAGGUGCAGGAAAUUGUGCGCUCGGUGCGUGGACGUCCCAACCGCAAGCAUGUCAUCAACGGGCGUGAUAGGCUCGGCCUGACCGCUCUGCACUACGCAUCAAAGUUGAACAAAGCAGAGAUUGUCGAGUUGCUGAUAGCGGCCAACGCAGAUGUAAACCGGCGCUCAGAUGACACUGAUAAGCUUUCUGCGUUCCACUACAUCUGCCGCUGGCAGUCGGAGAGUGAAGACAGGGCCGGAAGUGCUGUUAGCCUCACAGAGCAGUCAGCCGCUCAAACGCUUACAAAGCUAAUUGACCAUGGCGCGGAGAUCAACGAAGAAGACAACUAUGGCAUGACGGGUCUGCAUCAUGCAUGCCAGCGUGGAAAUAUUACAACUGUGCAGAUCUUGCUGGAAAAGUGGGGUGGCAGGCUCAAGAUUGAUGCGGAGGACAGGCAACAGCAAACACCACUGCAUAUGGCCGCCAAUCACGGGAACAUCAAGCUUGUGGAGCUACUUCUGAAUGCAGGCUCUGACCCUUUCCAUGCGGACGAGCUUGGUUCACUGCCUAUCCACUUGGCAGCGCGUGAAGGCCACAUUGACACGGCUAAGGCGAUGGCCAAGCAUGUCACGAAGAGUCAGCCGCUCGCACUGGAGAGUCUGAUGGGCGCCGUGGACGGCGAGGGUGGCACUAUCCUGCACGAAGCUGUCAACAAUGGCAACUUUGAAAUGGUCAAGUUUGCGUUUGUGAACAAAGUGAAUCCGAACACAGCAACACUGACCGGCGACACUGCCCUGCACAUUGCUGCGGGUAAAGGCCAUAUGGAGAUUGUCACGUUCCUCGUCAACGAGGCCAAGGCGGAAAUCGAUGCAGCCGACGAGAGUGGAAACACGCCUCUGCACGACGCGGCACGUCUCAACCGUGAGGAUGUGUUGCUGUUCUUGCUGAAAGAAGGAGCCGACAUAGACAUGGCGAACGCAGAUGGCCACACACCGUUGAUGAAGGCCGCCAGCUGGGGUCAGAAGCGAACCGUCAGUGCCUUGCUGGAAGCUGGAGCUAACGUGACUCACAAAGACAAUGAGGAGAAGACGGUCUUCUGGCAUGCUGUCAGGGGAAAUCAUAUUGAGACAGUACAGGUGCUGUCGCAAGAUCCGCGUUACCUGAGCUUCCUUCAGCUUGCCGACCAGUUCGGUAACACAGCCCUCCACCUGUCCGCGUCACUCGGCUCGCUGCAUUUGACAGAGCUGUUGAUAAGCCACAGAGCUGUGCCUGAUGCAAGGAAUGAUGAAGAGAAGACACCGCUGCACUUGGCAGCCGCAAACGGCCAUCCAAUGACAUGCUCUGCAUUGUGCCGGAAAAGCGAGGCACUACUGGAAGAUGAGGACGAGUCUGGAAACAAGCCGCUCCAUCUUGCAGCCACGAAUGGCCAUGACGUGGUUGUGAAGGUUCUCCUGGACUUGGGUGCAGCGGUGGAUGGGAGGAACUCGAAGAGUUGGACACCGCUUGACUGCGCUGCUGGCGUUGGUGCUCGCAUCUGUUGUCAGGUGCUGCUGGAGCACGAUGCGCCAGUUGACGCCAAAGACAAGAAGAAUCGUACACCAUUGCAUAUUGCUGCACGGUCUGGGCACACGAAGAUUGCAUUGCUGCUAGUGGACCAUGGUGCCGAUAUCAGCCACUUUGACAAAACUGGUCGCAACUGCUUGGAUCUGGCCAUCGAUCACCAACAGGAGGAGGUUGCCGAAGCGUUAGUGCGCCAUGAACGCUGGAGAGAAGCAUUGCGCAAUGUGUCGCGUUCCAAGCUGCAGCGGAAAGGGAACCGCUACCAGAACACGCCUCUCCUGAAGCUCAUCCGCCGAAUGCCAGAUGUUGCUCAGAUCGUCUUCACGCAGUGCAUGGCAGAGUCACAGAAUGUGCCUGUGGAGGGCAUUGACUACAAGGUGACAAUGGACUAUGAGUUCAUCGACUACAUACCACCAAAGACAGGCACAGAUAAUGACAACGAUGAUGCCACCGACGGUGAUGAUGAAACUGACGUGGAUGACUUUGGUCAGAAAGUGGAGACGUGGACAGACUGGAAUCCCGACCGUGCCCACAACCACCCACUCAUAGUCAUGGUGGAAAGCAACCGUGAGGCGCUGCUCGCUCACCCGCUGGUCUCCACACUGCUCGACUACAAGUGGAAGAAGUUCAUUCGCUAUUUCUACUUCAUCGGUCUGCUGCUCUUCUCUAUCUACCUGGCCUUCAUCACUGCAUUUGCGUUGACCACAGAACCUGCACGAACAGGUUGUGUCGCGAACCCUGUCACGAAUGCCACAGCAAACGCUACGACCAGCGCGGACUGCAAUGGUGGCAGCUUUCGACCGGGAUUGGACUGUCCAUUGUCUAAGCAACGAGCAAUCGUUCUAUGCCGCGUCAUCAUUAUAGCGUACAGCUUUUUCCGGUUCCUUUCGGAACUCGUGGAAGCGUACGCCAAUCCGACUACCUAUGUAGAUACCCAGAAUCUGUUGGACUGGGUAACGCAUCUCACUGGUGUCAUAUUCGCAUGGGACUUCGAAGGCGAUGAGAAGCAAUGUGUCAUUGAAAAUUGGCAGUGGCAGGUUGGCGUGGUGGCGGUAUGGCUGGCCUGGUUGUCUUUCAUAUCACUACAACGUCGCUCCGGUAUUCUCGGCAUCUACGUUGUGAUGUUUUCGCACGUCUUCACAACAUUCGCCAAGAUGCUUGCCGUCAUUGUGCUGUUUGUGGUUGCGUUUGGCCUGGCCUUCUUCAUGCUGCUAGACAGCUUUACACCAGUGAUUGCUUUCUCCAACCCUGGUCGAGCAUUGCUGAAGACAGCCGUGUCAAUGACGGGAGAGUUUGAGUUUGACUCGACAUUCAAUAACGAGGCCGGUGAUGUACCGUUUCCCGGUGUCUCCUAUUUCCUAUGGGUCUGCUUCCUGGUCAUUAUGCCCAUCAUUCUCAUGAACAUGCUGGUUGGUUUGGCUGUCGAUGACAUCAAAGGUGUGCAGGAGAAUGCACGUCUUAGCCAACUCAGCAUGCAAGUGCGCCUGGUGCUCAGCAUUGAGCGGAGACUUCCCUUCUACUUCCACAAGAAACUGGGGCUGAACAUCCCGUCGUUGACCAUCUCUCCGAAUGAACCUCCGUCUCUGCGCUCGCGCAUCAAGGACUACUUGUUUGAGGAUCGCCUGUCCAAUGAGAAGAUACAAGAGUCACUCAACCCAACAAAAAGUGAACUGGACCGAAUUGAGGAUCAGAACAGGGAGUUGCGAGGACAACUGAAGGACCUGGUCAAGUACGUCACAGACAGCCAGGAGCAGGUACGGGAGCUACGCGGCUGGGUGAGAGCUCUGUGUCGCCAGCAGGAUGUGCAGGAGGCCGAUGCAGAGUACAUCUAGAUCUAGUGAACUAUGCUAAUCCAUGCCAUGGUAGUAGUAGUAGUCUCUGGCUUAAGAACAGGUGCAGGCUGAUGCUGAGCGACUUACUUAGCUCAUUGACAUAAACCUAUUCAUGCAUGUUACAUGAUGUAAUGCUAUUGUGUGCAUCAAGUAAAGGGGAGCUGUACUCGCAACAAAAGUUCAACUCCCGAAUCACGAGCAUAUCUUCUUGUACUUUAGCUUCUGCCCAAAGGUGUGUAUUUUCAAUGCAGUGCUCGCAAGCACACAACAAUUAGAUAGAAUUAUCCAAACCUGAGCAGAAAAUAUAGCGUUGAUUACUAUACUGCUCUCUUAUAGUUAUGAGCUUUGAGUCUCUCUCUAUAUAUGUCUUUUUUAUUUGAUUAGUUUCUGAUCUGUCUAGACGUGGCAUGCAUGUGAAGCUUGCUAGCCAUUACUCUCUGUUUGUUUGUUGGAUAAGUCACAUUUUUAAAGUGACAACAUGAGGGCAGGGCCUAUUCAUAGAUUUGCACAGUACUGAGUAUAAGAUACACUGUACAUGUAUUGCGUUGGCAAAAGUGGUUCUCCAAUGUCAGCUUUGAAGUGACGACGGUGAUGCUGUUUAGAGAAUAUUUAAUCUGCUGGCACACUUUAGAUACUGCCCGUAACUUCUCAGUUUGAACCAAGGCAAGAAGGUACUUCUAGUAACAGCAUACACUGUCCUGGUUGUGGGGCACUGUAGGGCUACUCAAAGACAAUGUGUUAGUGGCGGUGGCGGUGAUGACUAUGACAGA